UUAUUUAUUAUUAUUUAGCAUGAAAGCUAUUUGUAAAAAUUCGACAAAAUGUAGGCCUAUGUCAUACAUUUACUGCGUUAUCAAACCCCAAAAACAGAAGAUGCCCACUUGUUAUGCCUAAAAAGGAUUCUGCCACUCAGCUGGAGCUUGUUCGUUGUGGUAACUGUUCCUCUGAACUCCUCGUGCGCACAGCCAGGCGGAUGGUCAGCUGUGGGGAUCCUUAAAGACACGACGAAUGUACCCACACAACAACGGACGAAGUGCUGCCAGGUAAAGAAUAGGAAGGAGCAACUGAGUAAAACAAACGCACGCACUUGGAUUAAGUGGAGGUAACGGUCCUCCUUUUGGACAGAACAGAGACACUUUUUCUCGCUAUUUAAGGUGGAGUGAACAAGAAUGGUUUAUGUUUGUGGAUGAGGAGGAGACUUGAACUUAACGUCGGACACAAAUGAAUAUUUGCCAUGCGACUUGGGAUGUCUCUGAUCUCAGCCCUGCUCGUCUUCCUCCUGGUCACCACCACAUGCUCCCUCGCUGUCUGCACUUAUCCCCGCUUCUCCAGAAAUGACUCUUCAUUUGAGCACCUGGUCCUGCACCCAGACCCCUCUGUAGGUACGGUCUACGUGGGGGCCAGGGACCAUCUCUUCCAACUGGACGGGUUGGACGGCCUGCGUCUGGAGCAGGAGGAGAGGACCGGUCCAGUGACUGAUAGUAAGGAGUGUCUUCCCCCUGUCACAGAGGCCAACUGCCCCCAGGCCCGGCAUACCUCCAACCACAACAAGCUGCUCCUGGUGGACCCCUCAGCCAUGGAGCUCAUCACCUGUGGUAACGUCCACCAAGGCACCUGCCAGAAGCGCAGCCUAACCUCUGUGAAGGAGGUGCUGUUCUCCACAGAGAGACCGGUGGAUACCCAGUACGUGGCGGCCAACGACCCGGUGGUGUCCACCGUGGGGCUGGUGGUGGGGCCCCGAGGCGAGGAGCGGGCCGUGCUCUAUGUGGGCCGUGGUUACACAAGCAGCCAUCCGCCCAUCUCCACACGCCAUCUGGCCCACGAGCCUGUGUUCUCAUAUGACGAGACCGCCAAGCUGGCCGUGGCAGAAAGGCUUUCGGAGUACGACCACCAUUUUGUAGCUGCCUUCGCUCGGCUUGGGCAUGUGUACUUCUUGUUCUAUCGCCGUGACAUUAAGGCUGUGACGCGGGAAUACCGUACGUAUGCUGCCCGCAUGUGUCUGGAUGACACCUCCUACUACUCCUAUGUAGAGGUACCCCUGGUGUGUCACACUACCUCCUCCCCAGAGAGGAACUACAACCUUCUGCAGGCGGCCCAGGUGGGUCAGGGGGGCGGCAAAGAGGGGGAGAAACUGCUUGGGGUCUUCUCCACCCAGGCCAGCUCCUCCAACGGGCCCUCAGAUGACUCGGCUCUGUGUGUGUACCCCCUGGACGAGCUGGACAGACACAUCGACUCCACACGAGACCUGUGCUACACGCAGGAUGGCCGGGUGGAGGGAGGAGGGGAGGUGGCCUACAUCGAGUACGAGGUCAAGUCCAGCUGUGCCAACUUACCCACGAACACCCUGAAGGCUUAUCCCUGUGGCUCUGACCAUACCCCCAGUCCAAUGGCCAGCAGGGUGCCCAUAGAAGCUGAGGCGGUAUUGGACAGCCCGUCCGCCCGUCUUACUGCUGUGGCUGUCAGUGUGAGGGCGGGGCACACAAUUGCCUUUUUAGGAGACUCUAAAGGGAAUUUGCACAAGGUGUUCCUCGGCUCUGGAGGUAGGGUGGAGAAGUACUCCUCCAUACUCAUCCAGCCCAACUCACCCAUCAGCAGUGACCUCCUCCUGGACCAGAUGGAGACGCACAUCUACAUCAUGACCAGCACAAUGGUGGAGAAGCGGCCGGUGGCAGAGUGUGGAGAUCACCUGGACUGUCAGUCCUGUGUCUCAGCCCGAGAGCCGUACUGUGGCUGGUGUGUUCUGGAGGGCAGGUGUGGCCAGCGUUCCCAGUGCAGUCGGGGGGCUCUGCAGGGCCAGUGGCUGUGGAGCUUUGACCAGCAGCAGCAGUGUCUCAGUAUCCAAUCCCUGAGCCUGUAUAACAUCAGCCUUGGAGUGGAGACAGACAUUGCUGUGUCAGUGAAGGGGUUGCCCAGUCUAGUGGAAGGCGAAGCAUACAAAUGUUUCUACCAGGAUGUGGAAAGUCCUGCCAACGUCACAGACACUGGUGUGACCUGCUCUACCCCCGACGCCAGCAGGCUGCCUCUUAUUGGCCAAGGAGAAGACUCCGUCACCGUCCCUCUGUCCCUUCGCUUCCUCAAUGUGACAGUGGCUGCUUGGGAGUUCACCUUCUUUGACUGUGGCGUGGUCCAACAGCUCUCUGGAGGCAUGCCGUGCAGAGGGUGUGUGAGCAGUCGCUGGGGCUGUAACUGGUGUAUUCACCAGCACUUUUGCACCUGGAACAUUUCCUGUGAUGAGGGAGUCACAAUUUACAACAAACACUUGAAACCACCAACAGCCACUCCCCCAGCAACCAAACAAUCUGAUACUGUAACUCCAACUGUCCUGGCUGCUCCAACACUCCCAUACACAGAGGUAUCUGAUAGGACCACUCUCCCAGUCCCAGCCAGCAUGGGGGUGCCCUUAGCCACUCCCCCCACCACACCUUUAACCACACUGGCCACCCAGGCUACGACUGCACUGAAAGUGACAGCCAGUCUGCAGGCAGGGGCCAUCGCAGAAGAGACCAAAGUGGAGGGAGAUGGAGACGGGAGUCUCCCCAGGACUACUGGUGGAACAGAGCAGACAACAGUCACCAGGGUUGAGCUGCUAGACUGGCCCGAGGCUCUAGAGACUGUGUUUCCUAGUAGUACUGCUGGACUGACUGGCCUCACUGGGACGGAGCCCUCAUCCCCUGACACCACCUCAACCAUCUCCAGUGGUGUCCCCCUGUUAGUGGACCUGCCCACUGGCUCUGACAGGGAUGAGAUCCCCCUGGCCCCCUUCCAAGGUACAGCCUCACCCCCCUGGACCAGGGAAUGGGACAAGGGGGAGGGAAAGACCGAGACAAAGAUGGAACCUGCAACAUCCUCUGCCACAGUACCCUCUGGAGUUGAUGACUCAAACCAGCCCUCUCAAUCAUUUACCCUCACACCUGACCCUGAGUCUUCACCAGACUACCAGUCUGACUCCUUUGCUCUGCAGGACUGCCCGUGUGUGGAGAAGGUCCAGGGCCCCUCUCUACUUCCUGUUAAUGUGGAGCGGAAGAUCACUCUGGUGGGGCGCCACCUUCACCUCUUCCAGGAUGAGGAUCUGGACUAUGAGUGUGUCCUGACCAUCGAGGGGCGGUCAGUGGUGGUGGACGCGGACGUGGAGACAGAGGACACCCAGCCCUCUCUCUACAUCAUCACCUGCCAGCUACACCAGUAUGCCUAUACUGCCUCUGCGGAGGAGUACGAUGCCGUGAUCAAUGUGAGGAGGAGAGACACCUUUCAGAUUGAUAGUGCUGACGACCUUCAUGUGACGUUGUUUAACUGCUCUGUGGGCCGGUCAGACUGCAGCCGGUGUCGUACGGCUCAUCAGAAGUACGGCUGUGUGUGGUGCGGUGGAGCUCGCUCCAGAUGCAGUUACCGGGACUCCUGCGCUGGCGAUAUCAAGCAGUCCUGCCCGGGACCCGUCAUCCACUUUAUGGAGCCUAUCUCUGGACCAGUAGAUGGUGGUACUGUGGUGACCAUCUCAGGCUCCAAUCUGGGACAGAAAGCUGAAGACAUCCAGAACUCUGUCACUAUAGCUGGUGUCCCCUGCACGGUCAUCAACAGCAGAUAUGAGAUCUCCUCAAGGAUUGUGUGUGAGACCACAGCCAGUGGGGGACAGAAGAGUGGCCAGGCCUCAGUCGAGGUAAGAGGAGGAGGACUUGGAUUCUCCGGUCAAAGGUUCAGCUUCCAGGACCCAGUUCUGAUGGAGAUAGCCCCUCAGAAGGGGCCCAAGGCUGGGGGCUCUGCGUUGACCGUAAUGGGCCAGAGCCUGAAGACUGGACACCUCAGUGAGGUCAGCGUGCUGAUUGGAGGAGUCCCAUGCCUCAUCUCCUCGGAGGUCAUGGAUGACCAGAUUACAUGUAUGACUGGUGGCAGCAACAGAACCGGAGCGCAUAGAAUCACUGUCCGAUUUGGUAGAGCAGUGCGCCAUCUAGAGGGAGAUGUUUACUAUUACACCUCAGACCCUAACGUAACCAUGGCUACACCCUCCAAAAGCUUUCUCAGUGGUGGAAGACUGAUACAUGUGUCCGGACAAAACCUGGAUGUAGUGCAGGAGCCCAGAAUCCGGGUGACCCUUAGUCCUCUGGAGUCCCUCUCUCCGAGGAAGAAGAGGAGGAUGAGGAGGAGCAGCAGAGAUGGAGAGAGUAGAGUGAGAUGUAAAGAUAUCCCACUCAAGAGGCAAAGACGGAUAGUUCCUGAGCCAGACUGUCCUGAAGACAUGCUCUGUGUUGUCAAACAGUUUGAGACGCGCUGUGCCGUGAGCAGCUCCUCUCUGAUGCUGUGCCCUACGCCUGCCGUGGGGACGAAGGCCCACAAUGCCCGGGUAAAAGUGGACUUCCUACUGGAUAACCUGCACUUUGACUUCAGCGCUGUGGGCAGUGGGGCUUUCAGUUAUGAGCUCAACCCCAUCCUAAUCCCACUGAACCAGAAUGACCCCAGCAAACCCUACCAGCACAAACCUGGCAGCAUCAUCUCUGUGGAGGGGGAGAACCUGGACCUGGCCAUCUUUAAGGAGGAGGUGGUGGCUCUGAUCGGGGAUGGGGUGUGCUCGGUGAAGACCUUGACCCAUAACCACCUCUACUGUGAGCCUCCAUCCCAGCAGCCCUCAGUGAUGGCCAGCAAGAAGCAGGAGGGCAUGGAUUCUCUCCCCGAGUUCACUGUCCAGAUGGGCAACCUGAACUUCUCCCUGGGCAGAGUGCAGUAUGACACCCAGGUCCAGUCGACCUUCCCCCUGGAGGCCCAGGUGGGCGUGGGGGUGGGGGCCUCCAUCGUAGCCCUCAUCGUCCUCGUGAUAGUGCUCAUAUACAGGAGGAAGAGCAAACAGGCUGUGAGGGACUACAAGAAUGUCCAGAUUCAGCUGGAGAAUCUGGAGACCAGUGUGAGAGACCGCUGCAAGAAGGAGUUCACAGACCUGAUGACUGAAAUGAUGGACUGUUCCAGUGACCUGGUGGGUUCUGGUAUCCCCUUCCUGGACUACAGGGUGUAUGCAGAGCGCAUUUUCUUCCCUGGCCACCGGGAGUCGCCACUGAGGCGAGAUUUGGACGUGCCGGAGUGCCGUAGACAGACGGUGGAGCAGGGGCUGGUUCAGUUGUCCAACCUCCUCAACAGCAAACUAUUCCUCACCACGUUCAUCCACACCCUGGAGGUGCAGCGGACCUUCUCGCCUCGGGACCGGGCUUACGUGGCCUCCCUGCUUACCGUGGCCCUGCAUGGGAAGCUGGAGUACUUCACUGACAUCCUGAAGACUCUGCUCAACGACCUGGUGGUGCAGUACAUGGCCAAGAACCCCAGACUGAUGCUCCGAAGAACUGAGUCAGUGGUGGAGAAGCUGCUGACCAACUGGAUGUCCAUGUGUCUGUUUACCUUCCUGAGGGACACUGCAGGGGAAUCCUUCUACAUGCUAUUCAGAGCCAUUAAACACCAGGUGGACAAGGGACCGGUGGACGUCGUGACAGGAAAGGCCAAGUAUACACUCAACGACAACAGGCUGCUCCGCGAGGACAUAGAUUACAAAACCCUGACGCUGAAUGUCCUCAUGCCAGCGACAGGCAACGGUGGCGUGCCCCAGACGGCUCCUGCCAAGGUGCUGGACUGUGACACCAUAACCCAGGUGAAGGAGAAGCUCCUGGAACAAGCAUGGAAGGGCAUGUCCUUCUCCCAGAGACCCCACACAGACUCUCUCCACCUGGAGUGGCGUGCGGGCACGGCAGGUCACCUGAUCCUGUCUGACGAGGACCUGACGUCGGUGGUGCAGGGCUCCUGGAAACGCCUCAACACCCUGCACCAUUACAAGGUUCCGGAUGGAGCCACUGUUGCACUGGUACCCCGGAACACUAAACACGUCCACAAUGACAGCCAUGAUUACAUUCCUGGAGAGAAGACACCCAUGUUGGACGAUGGGGACGAGGGAGGCAUGAAGCUCUGGCAUCUGGUGAAAGCCAACGAGGAGCCAGACGUUCCCAAACACAGGCGUGGCAGCCUGAAGGAGAGAGAGAGGGCCAAAGCCAUCCCUGAGAUCUACCUCACCCGCCUACUCUCCAUGAAGGGCACACUGCAGAAGUUUGUGGAUGACUUGUUCACAGUGAUCCUGAGCACUAACCAGACAGUUCCCACGGCUGUCAAGUACUUCUUUGACCUGCUGGAUGAGCAGGCUCUGCAACACAACAUCACAGACUCUGAGACCAUCCACAUCUGGAAGACUAACAGUUUACCCCUGAGGUUCUGGAUUAACAUCCUGAAGAACCCUCAGAUCAUCUUUGACGUUCAGGCAUCAGACCACGUGGACGCUGUGUUGUCUGUCAUAGCCCAGACCUUCAUGGACUCCUGUACCAUUGCAGAGCACAAGCUGGGCAGGGACUCUCCUAUCAACAAGUUGCUGUAUGCCAGAGAUAUCCCACGGUACAAGCAGAUGGUAGAGAGAUACUAUGCUGACAUCAAGCAGACCAUUUCUGCCAGUGACCAGGAAAUGAAUUCUGCACUUGCAGAACUGUCUCGAAAUUAUGCUGGCGAGGUGAACUACCUUGUGGCCCUGCAUGAGCUGUACAAGUACAUCAACAAGUACUAUGAUCAGAUCAUCACUGCUCUAGAGGAGGACUCUACAGCUCAGAAGAUGCAGCUGGGAUACAGGCUCCAGCAGAUCUCGGCUGCCGUGGAGAAUAAAGUCACUGACCUAUGAUGACAGAGUGGCCCUGAGACAGAGGACAGGCCACAACACUGAGAUGACAGAGUGGCCCUGAGACAGGGGACAGGCCGCGACACUGAGGAGAAGACAACUGCUGAGAUGAAUAGUCCCAAAUGAAAGAAAUGUGUGAAAAGGAGGAAGACACAGUGAAAGGAACAUGCAUGGUAGAAUUUCAUACAGGGUGUGAUUUCAUACAGGCUGAGAUGUUCCUCUCUUUUUGGCAGACUGAAGGAAGGGAAGAAGGAAGAUGGUUGAGGGGCGCUCAAUAGCCACGUCCUCGUGAAGUUCCUGAUCAUAGAUUCUCUUGAUGAGCUGCACAGGACAUUUCCAUGGCAACCUGACUACAUUUUCCCUCUACUGCUCAGUGUGUAGAUACAUAGACAUUAUUCUGAGUAAGUAAGCAAAGCCGUGUUGAACUCUCUGCAUGGCUGCAGAGUGAGUCUCUGUAACAGGAAGUCAGUCUUACUGGGGGGAAAUGGAUUUAUGAAGCUUACAGCACUGGAGAGAACUGAAUAGCAGUUAGUGCAUUGACGCUAUUGUCAUUGAAUGCUCCCUGUUUCCUUGAAUCACGUUUUCUAAGUCUUACUUUUUAUUAUAUAGUUAACCUUUACAGACAUUGUGUAAUGUUUCCGACAAGUUCAAUGAGAGGUAGUAUUGUUUUCACUCCUCUUCACUCCCAUCAGUGUUUUAUGGCUAUACACAAAUGUAAGUGUUUCUGCUUCAUGUAGUAACUUUGCCCCUACUGGUCACCCAGCUUUGGAAUUCUGUAUGAUUUGAAUGUUCCUUGCCAAUAUCAUGUAUAAUCUAGGCUACAAGUAAUUGUUGUGCAUGCGAAAAAGGCAGUUCUAUGUUUCCCAAUAACUACAGUAGUCAAACUGAUUGUGUCUGACCUAAUGCUGAGAUUAUGAUAGACAUCUCUACCCUAAACCUCCAGAGACAAAUCUCAGCUACUUAAUGUUUUAUCCCCAGCACUGUGCCAGAUUAUACUACACAUUAUCUUUCAAUAGCAGACCAGAAGGUGCCCUCACAGCUUUCGUGAGCAGCAGGAGGUAGUAAUAAAACACAACAAUUCAUAGAACUAAAUGUGGUGGAACAGUUCAGAAAAUGCCUGGUUAUCAAGCAACAUUUUUGAUUUAGUUCAUUCUGACAUUUUGAUUAUUCAACUAUCUGUAUAGUUGUAAUCUUUGGUAGACAGACUACAUAACAUAAAUGAUAUGUUAAUGUCUGUCGAAAGACUGGAAUGGGACAACUAACAAGCAACAGUUGUUCCGGCUCGCAGGUUUUUCGUCACUGGUUAUUUGAACAAAUCACGAUUUAGCAGGGUGUAAGCAUCUUUUGAAAUUCAAAAGGGCAGGGGACAUUUGGCCCAUAGAUUUGACCGAAACUUGCAGAGUGAGUGGGGUGGAGCUACCGCCCUGCAUCCUCUCCUUGUUUAAGUAUCCUUUCUCAUACAGUACUUUAUGAAAGUAUUCACACCCCUUGAUUUUUUUCCAGGUUUUGUUGUUACUUUUUCCACAUAUUGUUGUGUUACAGCCUGAAUAUACCCCAUAAUGUCAAAGUGGAGUUAUGUUUUUCGAAAGUUGAAAUGUCUUGAGUUGAUAAUUAUUGAACCCCUUUGUUAUGACAAGGCUAAAUAAGUUCAGAAGUAAACAUUUACUUAUAAAAGUCA